AUGUCUAGUUUAUCUCACGUACAGCAUGUUAGAAUGCUGUACAAAACAAUUUUAAGGUUACAUCGUGGAUUGCCAGCUGAAAUUCAAGUUUUAGGAACAAGUUACGUUCGAGAUGAAUUUAAAAGACACAAGAACUGUGAUGAAGUUGCAGCAACUAUAUUUUUAAAUGAAUGGACAGAAUAUGCUAUAUUGCUUACUAAGCAACUUGGACUGAAAGGACCGCAUACAGCCAAACCACUAGGUGAAAAUUUAAAUGAAGAAGAUUUUAAUAAAUUUAGAGAUGAACAAGUGUAUCAGUUGUAUGAGUUAAUGAUUGCAGCAACUAGUAAAAAUAACAAGAAUGGAAAAGAUACAUAA